UCCUCUCUUCACAGUGUUUGAUAUGAUGUUUAUUUGCAAAGCCACGGAAUGUGCUUGCGAAAUUUUCAUGGGGAUUUCUAAUUAAUGAGAUUUGGUGGCCGAAAAAAACUUCACUUUUUUGGUACCGUUAUAAUUGCCGUGAAUAAUAUUUUUUCCUAAUUUUAUAAGCCUGAAAUUAUAUAUAAACAAAUGCUUCCACAUUUAUUUUUUGGCGUGAAGUUUGAAAAGCCUGCAGUUAAGAUUAGAUAGUUUUAUGCGUGUAUUGUUCAGAUUACAAUAAUCUACUGCAUCUUCGCUUAUUGCCACUUUUGCAUUUUAUAACAUUUAUUUAUUUAAUAUACAAUUGACGUGAAAUUUCAUGAUAUAUCAAAGCUUUUAAAAAUUGAUUUGUGAUGUGUUUAUCUUAUUGAACGAGAGCUUUUUAACUAGAAAAUGCAUUUGAUAUCAACAUAUUGGUACUAUAUGGAGAAAUGUUGCAGAAUUGUUCCUUGGGGUCCCAUAAAGUACAAACUAUUUAUUAUUUUAUUAAUAUUUCAAUUAAUCCAAAAUAUCCAGAGUGAAGAAACCAAAAUCCAUACCAAUGAAUUCGCGGUGCACAUUAAAGGAGGAGAAAACGUAGCCAAAGAAAUUGCACAAAAAUAUGGAUUUGUGCACAAAGGACAGAUUGGAUCAUUGAAAAAUUAUUAUCUUUUUGAGCAUCGCAAAAUUCAAAAGCGAUCUUUGUCACCAAGUUUAGAACAUUGCAAAAUUCUUGAAAGUGAUUCCUCAGUGUUGUGGUUUGAGCAACAAGAAGUUAAAAGAAGAGUAAAAAGAAGUAUAUCUAGGAAAUCUUUUUUAACUUUCCAUGAUCCUUUGUACCCUGAGCAAUGGUUUCUACAUGAUGGUGGAUAUGGAGGCUAUGACAUGAAUGUCAUUCCUGCUUGGAAAGAUGGUUUUAGUGGGAAAGGUGUUGUCGUUAGUAUUUUAGAUGAUGGCAUACAGGGUAAUCAUCCUGACUUAGCCCAAAAUUAUGACAAAGAUGCUAGUUAUGAUAUUAAUGACGCAGAUGAGGAUCCUACUCCGCAAGAUGAUGAUGAGAACAAACAUGGAACUAGGUGUGCUGGAGAAGUAGCAGCUGUUGCUAAUAAUGAAUUCUGUGGUGUUGGAAUUGCAUAUAAUUCAAGUAUAGGUGGUGUACGGAUGUUGGAUGGAUCUGUUACUGAUAAUAUUGAAGCAACAGCUCUAAGUCUUAAUCCAGACCAUAUUCACAUUUACAGUGCUUCCUGGGGUCCAGAAGAUGAUGGAAAAACAGUCGAUGGUCCUGGAAAGUUAGCAAAAACUGCUUUCAUUGAGGGAAUCACUAAGGGACGAGGUGGCCUUGGAUCGAUAUUUGUGUGGGCAUCAGGAAAUGGAGGAAGACAUAAUGACAACUGUAAUUGCGAUGGGUACACAAAUUCAAUUUAUACAAUAUCUAUAAGCAGUGCUACUCAGAGUGGAUUAAUGCCAUGGUAUUUAGAGCAGUGCUCAUCAACUUUAGCUACAACCUAUAGCAGUGGUACAUCCAACAGAGAUCAGAAUAUUAUUACUGUUGAUGUUGAUUAUUCAUAUUUCACUGAACUUCAAAGUGGUCAAACACCAGAUGCUUCAAAACUUUGUACUAAAAGUCAUACUGGAACUUCAGCAUCUGCUCCAAUUGCUGCAGCAAUUUGCGCUCUUGCAUUAGAAGCAAAUCCUCGACUUACAUGGAGAGACAUGCAAUAUUUGAUUGUGAUGACAUCACGUUAUGAACCCUUAGCAAAAGAAACUGGUUGGAUAACAAACGGUAUUGGCAAAAGAGUUAGUACGAAAUUUGGUUAUGGUUUAAUGGAUGCUGCUGCUAUGGUUAAAUUAGCCCGCUCCAAGGAGUGGAAGACACAACCUGAGCAGCAUAUUUGUACCACACAACCAGAUAAUGUAGAAAGGCUUAUUCCAGCUACUCGAGGUGAGAGAUUAGAAACAACUAUCAAUACAACAGGUUGUAAAAAUACAGAGAAUGCAGUUCUAUACCUAGAACAUGUACAAGUGAUAAUCUCUCUCAAUUUCCAUCCUCGUGGUAAUCUUCACAUAACAUUGAUUUCACCAUCAGGCACACAAUCUGCUAUUCUAUUACCUCGACCUCAUGACAAAAUUGAUGGAUCUUUCAAUAAUUGGCCUUUUAUGUCUGUUCACUUUUGGGGUGAAAUUCCACAAGGAAAUUGGAAACUUGUUAUAACCAAUGAUGGAAACAUAUCUCCCAGUGGCCCAGGAAAGUUGAUAAGUUGGCAUCUCGUAUUUUAUGGAACCCAAAUUAGGCCUUUCUACUUAAAUUCAUUGAAAGAGUCUGAAAUAUCUCCUGUAUCUGAAUUGGAACAUGCUUUUCUAGUACGUGGAGUCAAUAGACAUUCUGAAAAUUUAUUAAAUGAAUGUGCCAGCAAAAAUAAAUUCCAAAUCACAAUAAAUGGACAAAGUGAAUGCACUUAUAAAUGCCCUCUUGGUCAAUAUGGAGAAGUUAGAGAUUACACAUGUCACAUGUGCGAUAAAUCGUGUUCGUCAUGCUAUGGCCCAUCAUAUAAUAACUGCUUAUCUUGCCCCAAGCAUUUUCUUUCGAACAGUACAUGUGUCAAGUCAUGCCCUGAUGGAUUUUUUCAUGAUACAGAGAAACGUCAAUGUUAUCCUUGUCUGCCUGUUUGUUCAGAAUGUGAAUCAAGAGAUGUCUGCAGUGCUUGUAAACAUGGUUUUUUCCUGCAUAAUCGUAUGUGUAUAUCUAGCUGCCCUCCCAGAACCUUUGCUGAAAAGCGAGUGUGCAAAAAUUGCCAUCAUUCCUGUGCUUCAUGUUAUGGCCCUUUGUCUUCGAAUUGUCUGAGUUGCUCUACUCCUCUUAAUUUACGUAAUAGUUCCUGUUACACAGAGUGUCCUCCACACCAUUACUCAAACAGUGAUUCCCUUUGUGUUAGAUGUCAUAGAUCAUGUGAAAAUUGUAUGAGUAGCGACACAUGUAGCAGUUGCGAAUCGGAUUGGGAACGUAAUUCUCAUGAAAUCUGUGUUUAUAAUGCAAGGUGCACAAAUGGUUGGUAUAAUUCUCAUUUGGAGUCCUGUGAAGCUUGUUAUCCAUAUUGUGAGCAAUGCUCUGGGCCCAAUACUCAAGAUUGUGUCUAUUGUGACUCAAGGUACCUUUGGCUUGAAGGUCGUUGUGUUGAAACUUGCCCUGACGGUUACUUUAAUAUGAAUGAUGAGUGCUAUCUAUGUGAUAGACAGUGUUCUAAGUGUGAAAGUAAUGAAAAUUGCUUGCGUUGUAAAGAUGGCUUUUUUCUGCAUCUAGGGAAAUGUUACAAGUCUUGUCCUUUUGGAUUUUACAGUGAUGGGAGAAAUGAAUGUCGUUCAUGCCACUCGGAAUGUCUUCAUUGCUCUGGCAGUUCAAAUUUCAAUUGUACAGCUUGUGCAGAAGGAUAUGUUCUUAUUCAUCACACUUGUAAAUCUCGAUGCUUAGAUGGUUUUUUCCUUGUUACCAAUGGAGAAGAAAAUCACUGCUUGCCAUGUUAUUCUACUUGUAAAACCUGUACAGAUUUUGGACCUACACACUGUACAAGUUGUUAUGAAAAUUCAACAUUUUCUGGUAGCUCUUGCAUUCCAUGUUUGGAUGAUGAGUUCUUUAAUAAAGAAAGCAAGGAAUGCGAAAGAUGUCAUGAUAAUUGUGGAAGAUGUUUUGGACCUGAAGAAACAAAUUGCUUGUCUUGUCCUGCUCUAUUGAGACUAGAUGAAGUGAAGCAUAUGUGUUUUCCAUGUUGUGAUGGAUCAGUGUUAAAGAAGUCAGAAUGUUGCACUUGUAGCAAAGAUUUAGAUGUGUGCAUCAGUUCUGAUCAUCCUCGCAGCAUCACUGUUAAUUUAUCGAGUCAAAACUUUAAUGAAGUCAUUAUCCCUCUAAGCCAUGUUGUACCUGUUGUGAUAGCUAUUUGUUUAUCUGUAGUUUUAUUAUAUGUGAUACUAUUCGGACUUCUUCAGGCAAAUUCCAUGGGUUGGUUUCGUCUUAAGUUUGGUGAACAGAAAUAUGAGAGAGUACCUAAUAAUAUGGCUGCUAAAUUUGAUGCAGAAAUGGAAAAAAUCUCUCUCACUCAUGAUGACCUAGAAGAUGAAGAUGAUAUAUAUGAAAAAGUUUAGUCAUAUAACACUUGUGCCUGAUGAACAAACAGUCUUUCAUUAAUAAUUAUAUGUACGUUUAAUUAGAAAAAAAAACAUUUUUUCAGAGCUUCAGAUUUAUUAAUACUUAAUUUAUUUGUAAAUUACAUAUGCUUAUAAAACUCUUGACAAAUAUUCCUAUAUUUCCUUUAUUAAGCAAGUUAUUCAGCUCUAUUUAUUGCAUUUUUAAUUGUUGUUUGGAUUGUUCAUACACUAUCAAGUUUUCAAAUGAAUAGCAUGACAACAUCUGAUGUGUUUUAAAGUAUCAUGAUUUUCAUAUAUUGCAGUCAGCAUCACUUUGUAUAUUCAACUAUUAUAAUCACAUACAGUAAAGCAUAUUUCAUUUUAGUGUGAGAUAUAUAAGCAACAAGAAUAUUUAAUUGCAUUUAAUUUCUUGUGAUUUUUAUCUGACAUUUUAAAAUUUUGUUGGAUGAAAAAGCGAACUUUUAAGGAAAUUAAAUUCCAUAUAGAGUUUUAAAAAAAAAGUUGAAUUCUUAUUGCAAUUUUUAUGAGGUGAAAAAUUCGUUACAUGAUAUUAUAAAAUUCUAGAUGAUAACUUGUUAAAAUUUAGGAGUUUUAUUGCUUUUUUACUUCCUCUGUUUUUUUCUUGAAAUAUGAAUAUCCUGAUUGUUAUUGAAUUUUUACAAAUACUUUUUUACUGUAAAAAUUGUUAUGGUUGUGAUUCAUACAAGUUCCUGUGAAUUGAUUCAUUCCAAGAAUCGCUCCCAAUUAAUAUUUUGAUUGAAAAAUUUUAUUUCCUUUAGUGGAUGCACUUAAGAUAUUUUAAUAUUUGGCCUCUCCCCCAAAACUGAUUUUUUAUCAUUGUUUAGUGCUUUUAUUUUGUAUACAAAAAUAUUUGCUGUAAGUUUUUGAAAAACAGUAAAAGUUUCAGAGUUUGUUAGUUGCAAGCUGUGUUAUAUAAGUAAUGCUGACUGUAUUUUUUAAACUACUUUUAGCAUGUACUUAGUGCAGGAAGCAUAGUUAGUUUAUCAGUGAUAUUUUUAUUCAAAAGGAUUCAUAUUUUAUGCAUAUAGCACCAAGUUUUUUAUAGCAUUCCCCUCAUGUGAUACUUGUAAGAAAUGUACAGCUUGAUUUAUGUAUAUUCAGUUUUUUUAAUUAAAAACACAGUUUGCUGUACUUUUUUAAAUAAAUCAGCUUAA